AUGAAGUGGAGUAGAAGAACUACCACGAUAGUUGGAAUUUGUUUUCUUGGAAUUCAUAUCUUACUAUAUAAAUUAUUCACCAGCAGAACGAAGAACGUAGCAGUUUGGAAUAAAAUUGAAACACACAUGGAACAUUUGAGACAGCAAAUGGAAUUUCAACAAGGCAGCAAAUGUUCAUGCCCCGAACCAACCAUUGGGCCUUUGAACAUAAAAACAUUCCACAGACAGAAAAAAGAAUAUAUAGAAUGGGAACAACAAGAGAACAAAAUGGCCGAACCAAUGACACUGUGUCCAGCUAUGUCCCCUAUACGUUACUUGGGGUCUGGAAUAACUGUCGAGCCUCUAAGCUCCGUUCGUGUUGUUGGUAUUGAAAUAGACUCUGUGUUGAAAGCGAGUAAAGAUCUGAUAAUAACACUAACUUCCAGACUUUCAUUAGGACACAUAUAUGUGGAGCCUUUCACAAUAAUGGAUUUACUGCAUAUAGAAGGCAAUAAUAGUGGUCGGAUUUCAAUAGAGACAGAACACAUUGACCAUAUGAAUAGUGCUCUUUCACACUUAAUCUACAAUAGUAAGCAGCACCAUAUAAGACAAAGAGAUUACAUUGACGUUUCCAUCCUUAAUUCUCAUGUCGUCAUUAAUAUUCUCAUCCAGAGAAAUCAUGUGCCUAGAUUGUAUGACCCUGGACCAGAUGGUGACAUCAUUAGAAAAGUCACUGUUGUAGCCAAGACAUUUGAAAGAUAUGAAUGUGUUAAGAGACUUAUUUCAAGCAUUAAUACGUUCUAUCCAAACAUGACAAUAAUAGUUGCAGAUGAUUCUGAAAAGAAAGAAGAAUUGACUGGAAGUAAUGUAAAACAUUUUCUAAUGCCUUUCCUAGAAGGUUACGCUGCUGGUAAAAAUUUGGUUGUCAGUCAGGUGCGCACAAAGUACUUGCUGAUGGUUGAUGAUGAUUUUGUAUUUACCAAUGAAACUAUCCUGGAACGGUUUGUGGAAAAACUUGAAUCAGGUACAGCUGAACUAGACUUAGUUGCUGGGGUAAUAUCCAAUACGAAAGGAAAAAUAUCUGAAGACACAAGCAAAAAUGGCUGGAGCGAGGUUGAGUAUGUUAAACACGAAGAUGGUGGAUGUCUUUUUAAAAGAGAUACACCAGUUAAGAGAGUAGAGGGUUUCCCGAAUUGCAUAUUAAAGGAUAUGGUUAUAAACUUCUUUAUGGCAAAGACCGAAGCUAUUCGUAAAGUCGGUUUUGAUUUAGUGUUUGAACGAAUAUCUCACCGAGAGUUUUUUGUAGAUGCUUUGGGCUAUUUACGAAUCGCACAGUGUGAUGACGUCAUCAUUAGACACAAUCCGCAGGAAAAGACGAAACAUUACCGUUACUAUAGAGGCAUGCAAAAUCAAACUAAAGAACGCUCACAAUGUGCAGAACGCAUAUUAUUCAAGAAUAAUCUCCAAUGCUUACAAUCCUGGAAUAACGUUUUAAAGGAGUAUUCUGAAAAAAACAACAUUAACCAUUGA